UCAUGUAACGAAGGGAUUCUUAUUUAUACAAAUGGUACUCCGAACUUUGGAAUGAGCAUGAAGAAGUCUCAUAGUCAUAGCUGUUACAAUGCAGGCCUUUUCACAUUUCACAGUUCUGCUAUCUGGAAACUGUUGUUUCUUCAUUUGCUUCUCUAUAUAAGAAGAAACUCCACCACUCCACUAAUUCAAGUAAAACCCUUGCUUCUUUAUCCCAAGAAUGCUCUAGAAAAUUCUUCUUUUUCCCUUAAAAAAAAGGUCUGCUUUCUUGUUCCAAGAACCCCAGAGAAUCACUUUCACAUCCAAAGUUCUUGGUCGUGGAGCUGGGUUUUUCUUCAGCUGUUACUCGUAUAUUUUGUGUUUCACAUAGCAAAAAUGUCGAGUGAUUCAAUUACCAUCAAAGAAGUAUGGGAACAUAAUCUUGAAGAGGAGUUUGUACGCAUUCGAGCUAUCGUUGAAGAUUUUCCUUAUAUAGCCUUGGACACUGAGUUUCCUGGUUUUUUGUUGCAAAGAAAUCAAAACGUCGACAGUACUACUUCCGAUUACAUGAUAGUUCAGAACAAUGUUAAUCUUUGUCGUUUGAUUCAAUUAGGACUUACAUUUUCUGAUGAAAGAGGAAAUUUACCUACUUGUGAAACAGAUAGUACUAAAUAUUGUGUAUGGCAAUUCAACUUUCGCGAGUUUGACCCCAAUUUACAUUGCAAAGUUGAGAAGUCUAUUAAGUUGUUAAAAGAAAGUGGAAUAGAUUUUCAAAAGAAUUGUGAAAUGGGUGUUCAUGCUGAGGCUUUCGGUGAGUUGCUAAUGUCUUCGGGCGCUGUGUUAAAUGAUAGUGUUCACUGGAUUGUAUUUCAGGGUGCAUAUGAUUUUGGGUAUUUGCUUAAGUUGCUUACUAACAAGAACCUACCCGAUUCCAAAGAAGAGUUCUAUGAGUUGAUCAGUAUGUUUUUUCCGGUGCUUCAUGAUGUUAAGUAUUUAAUAAGAUUCUGCCAGGGCCUUUCUGGUGGGUUGGAAAAGGUGGCAGCGACGUUAAGGGUGGAGAGGAUUGGUACUUCUCAUCAGGCCGGUUCAGAUAGUUUGCUCACUUGUCGUACAUUCUUCACAUUGAUAAGGGAACGCUUUAAUGGCUCACCGCCAGAGGACUCUGCCGGAUUUGUGAUUGGCAUUUGAUGUUGAAAAUUUACAGUAUACUCAUUGAUAUAUGGGGACAUUCUUUAUUGGCUCACCGGAUAACUAUGCCGGAGUUUUGUUUGGCCUGUGAUGCUGUAACUUGACAGAAUAUACUCAUCGACAGAAAGGCUACAUAAUAUGAAAUAAAAACAAAAAAAUACAGAAGUUUUUGUUAGUCUACAUUAUUCUUACACUUUUCUCUUCCCUCUCUUUAUCUUCCCCUUCCUUUUCCUUUUCAAUAGGAUUAUUGAGUUCUUAUUGCAGUUUUGCUUGUCAAUAUGCUAUUUCUAUUCGCUUAAGUUACAAAAAAAAUCGGAGAUUUGGGAUUUGUUGCAAAAACACACUUAGCCAGGAUUUUAAAUAAAAUACUAUUAAAAUAAGUCUCACCAAACUAGUUUGGUUAACCCAAGCUUCUCGAAACUGUCAAAACUCCCCGUUUUACACUCUUCCUUUCCUCAACUCUCUUCAAUAUGGACGAUUCCUUUUCGCUCAAUACCCACAAAUGGGGCUCCUCUUUGAACCCCUAAUUCCUCUUUUAAACCUUUACAGGUCAAUGCCAUAUGCUAGUUUUGUCGCCUUCUUUGCUCUUUAUUUGGGUGUUGUUAGAAAUCUGAGCUUUAGCCAGUAUGUGAGGUUCAAUUCAAUGCAAGCUGUCACUUUAGAUGUGCUCUUGUUGUUGUUGCCUUUGCUUUAGGCCCGAAUCUUCAACCCGCAUCAGAGCGGAUUAAGGUUGAAGCUGUUGAUUUGGGGUCAUAAUGCAGUGUUUCUGUUUAGUUGUUUCUGCUCUGUGUAUGGAUUGGUGGGUUCUAUUUUGGGUAAGACUCCUUAUUAGUUAUUUGCCAUUUGCUGGUGAAGCUGCUGGUAGGUAAACCUAGGCCGUAUCCUUGGUCUUUCGUGGCAUCAAAACGGGGAGUUUUGAUAGUUUCCAUUACUAACCCAAGCUAGUUUGG